AUGGGUUUCACCUGGUACUCGGGCCCGUCGUCCAACUUCCCGCCGAUGAGCGAGUGGAAGUCGUUCGAGGAGAUCUUCAACAUCAACAAGCCGCAGAUGUUCGCGACGGGCGACACGGGCGAGGACAUCGGCCGGAUCUGGAACGCGGUGCUCGAGUGCGCCAAGAUAGGUGUCGAGGAGCGCGUCAUCUUCUGCAUCAUCAUGCAGGAGAGCACGGGCAACGUCGGCGUGCAGACGACCUACAACGGCGACGGCCACGCCACCGCCGGCCUGAUGCAGGCCGAUGGCUCGCCCGGCUUUCCGGGACAGCAUGGGCUGUCGCAGGACCAAAUCACCAGCAUGGUCCGCGCCGGCACGCAGCACUUCAAGCAGAACCUGAUCCAGUUCGGCAACGGCGACAACGCCGACACCAUCUACAAGGCCCUGCGCGCGUACAACUCGGGCUCGGUCAACGCCAACGACCUCAGCGACGGCAUAGGCGCCACCGCCAGCUACGUCAGCGACAUCGCCAACCGCCUGCUCGGCCGCCUGCCUUGA